CUCGAAGUCUGGCAACAAUAAAAAAAUAUGAAAUACUGGUAACAUUUAUGAAAAGAACUUCCCAUUGUUUUUGACAUUUCAGUUGCGGAGGCACAAGUUUUGCAGAAGUUUUUACAUAAUAUUCUUCUUGUAAAUUUCGGGUCUACAAAAAUGUCGCUGACUCAAAUUGCCCGUAACUGUGCCCGUAUGGCUGUCAGAGCCAAUGGAAUACGUGCUAUCACUGCCCAACCACAGAUGCGUUUAUUGCACAGAUUGGUCGCACCUGCCAUGUGCAAUGGUGUAACACAAAGCAUUUUAAAGCCCAAAUCAGUAGCCGCACAAGUGCGUUGUUAUUCCUCUAAGCUGACAAUGGAGGAUAUCAAAGAUCGUGUAUUGAAAGUUGUCGGCUCUUAUGAUAAAGUUACAAGCGAACAGCUUCGUGUUGAGUCUCAUUUCAUCAAUGAUUUGGGUUUGGACUCAUUGGAUCAUGUGGAGGUUAUAAUGGCCAUGGAAGACGAAUUCGGCUUUGAAAUUCCAGAUUCGGAUGCUGAGAAACUCUUGAGGCCAGCCGAUAUUAUUAAGUAUGUCGCCGAUAAGGAAGACGUAUAUGAAUAAAUGUGUUUACUGUCAAACAUAACUUUAACAUCAAUAAGAAUAUAAAUAAUUUAAACUAGAAAGCAAAUGUAAUUUGAACUUUUCUGGCAAAAGAAAGCUUAUCUGAAAAAUACAGCGUGUAAAAAUUACUUCUAAAUGUUAAAACAUAAAUAUAACAAAAUAGUUUUAAUUUAAUAUAAA